CUGAGUGGGUUUGUCUCGUUUGCUUCCGCGCGGUUCCCAUCCGCAUCAAGUUUCGGAACUUCCGAGGAUUUAACAACCUCGCCUACUGCCAGUCCGACGGUUUAUAUCCAAGGUUACACCACACAGUGCAAGCAGCCAGAUCAAUUGGUGGUCUGUCGGACUUGUAUCUAUUAGAGAUGCUUCUACGAGUUGCAGAGCGGCGCAUUGGCGUCCCGCGGCUUUUCAUUAAUCGUCGCAGAUUGCUCCCUCCCCGGCGCAACUUGAUCCCCGCGCCACAAUCGAACUCGGGCCCUCUUAUGGAGCGACGGGCGGACCGAGAACUACCUUCUGUCGCCAAUGAUCGGAAAUGGAUGCGAACGCUACCUAUCUUUGCUGUCGUCGUAGGCGCGGCCAUGCUGGGUAUAUUCAACUACCAGAAGUCCUCCUCCAGUGUGGUAAACAGCACGCUGUAUGCGCUUCGGACUUCCCCGCAGGCCCGGGAGAUCCUGGGUGACGAGAUUUACUUUGCUCAGAAGAUUCCAUGGAUCAGUGGCGAGAUGAAUCAGCUCCAUGGACGCAUUGACAUCUCGUUCUGGGUCAAGGGAACUAAAGCUCAGGGCAAAAUGAGGUUCCGCAGCAUUAGACCGGAUCGGACCAGCUUUUUUCGAACUGAAAUAUGGAGCCUGGAAACCGAGGAUGGAACGGUUGUUCAGUUACUUGACAGUGAUAGCGACCCAUUCAAUCGAAGCAGCUGAUUGACUUGACUUCCGGGCCCCCAUUUGUUUGUGCUGCAUACUCGCUUGUUACAUGGUGUUUGGAGAUCUGUACAUGUAAAUACUUCAUUCAUGUGCAUGGGCUCAGGCGUUCGGGCUUCGGAAAGCGUCUCUCAUUUCCCUACUAUUCCUCCCUCCCCAUUUCCUUUAGCACUCCUGUUCUUCGUGUUCGAGCGAGUGCGUCUCUUGAGAGUACCAACUGAGUGGAGAACUUUAUAGAAACCGACACUUGAGGGAAAGGGAUAUCAUUUAUAUAUCACAUACAGACGCCGCUCUUGAAAAACAAUACAGUGUAAUAGUACAUUCACG